AUCGCCGGCGAUGGCCGUGCAAGCCGCAAGCCUCCACCCGCACCACCAUUUCAUUCCCUUUUGCUUCCCGGCGGCGUCGGGGCUGGGCGACUUCGUCGACCUGGAGAAGAGCUACGAGGACGGCGGGGCGUCGCUGCUGCUGGGGGGCGCCGGCGCCGCCGGAGCGGGGAGCGACCCCGGGGAUUUCAAAGAAGCCACCCGCGACCUGCUGAGCUUCAUCGACUCGGCGUCCAGCAACAUCAAACUGGCGCUGGACAAGCCGGUGAAAUCCAAGCGGAAAGUCAACCACCGGAAAUAUUUGCAGAAGCAGAUCAAGCGCUGCACCGGUAUGAUCGGGGGCUGCGGGGCGCCGGCCGCUCCCGGGAGCCAGGAGGCCGCCGCCGCCGCCGCUGCUCCGAAUCACAGCAAUAAUGGCAGUAAUAGUAGCGGUCCUGCACAUAAGCGGACGCCGGUUGCCGCCGGGACCGCGCCGGUCCACGCGUCGGCCUCUGCGCUGCCACCCGGCGGCGGCGCGGCGCACUGCAAGCCGCCGGCCAAGCGCGAAGCCAGCGCGCUGCAGAGCAAGAGUUUGGCGGCGCUCUUCAACUCCUUGCGGCCCGCGGGGCCGGAGCGGACGGGCGGAGGAGGAGGAGGACCCGCCGGACCCGCCGCCGGAGGUGGAGCAGGACUGGGCGGCGGCAAAGAAGGCGGAUCGGGGCCCUCGGCCGCGGCUGGCGGCAAGAAAGUGCCGCUGCGCCACCGCAACCUGCCGCUGUCCUUCUUCACCGAGCCAGCCCCGAGCCGCGUCGGCGGGGCGGCAGCGCCCAGCCCCGCCGGCCUGAAAGACCCCGCGGGGCCUGGGCCGGCCGAGGAGCUCUUCGAUUUGCUGGCGGCGCCCGACUACGGCGGCCUGCUGCCCCCGGAGCCGCCGUCGGAGCCGCCGUCGGGCUUCCCCGGCAACAGGCUGCAAGCGUCGGAUCUGGGCCUGGAGCCGGCGCUCUUCGAGCCGCUGCACGCGUUGCCGCACUUGCUGUACCCCGAGAGCCCCCUGCGCCCCCUGCCGGCUGCCCUGUACGCCGCCCCGUCGGACCCGGCCGCCGAGGGCAGCCCGGGGGCGGCGGCGGCGGCGGCUCACCUACCGGCUGCCUUUGCGCCCUUCUUCGCCGAUUGCCCCCUGCCUCCUCCCCCUGCGAUGCCUUACGAGUACGCCCCGGGAUACAGCAGGGGGGUGCCUUAUGCCAGCCUUUAGU